AUGAUUCCGGCCAAGAUGUCUGCGGCACGAGCCGCUUCCCUGCGGUCUCAAGCACCGACUCUCAGAGCAUCAUCUCAACGGCUGUCUACUCGAGCCGCCCCAUACUCAUCUAUCUCCGCGCAAAAGCUCGCACUGUCUAAGAACAGUCGUGUUGUUCUCCAGACCCCUUCCUCCUUCCAAGCUGUGUCGCCGUUUGUCGCUCUCCCUCUGACCCGUUCGUUCCACGUCGCAAAAUCCCUCUGGCAACAACAGCAGCAAAAGCAACAGGAAGAGAAGAAGGAAGAGGAGCCUAAGUCCGAGUCACAGGGCGAAGAAUCCAAGGAAGAAGGCAAGGAAAAGAAGGAAGAGAAGGCUCCGCCCCCACCCCACGGAGACAAGUCUCCCUGGCAGGUGUUCCGCGAGACCUUGCAGACUGAAUUCAAGGCCUCAAAGGAAUGGGAGGAAUCAACCAAGGCACUUGCGUCUUCUGCCAACCAGUUCACUGAGAACGAGAAUGUUAAGCGUGCGCGCGCCGCCUAUGAUGCUGCUUCUAGUGCCACAACCUCCAGAACCUCCACAGCUUUCAAGACAACAGGUCAAGCCCUUGGAAAGGGAGCUGCCUGGACAUGGAACACUGGUGUUGUGAAGGGAGUUCGCAAGGGUGUCAAUGCCACCGGAGAGGGACUCGAGAAGGCCACAAGGCCUGUUCGACAGACCGAGGCAUACAAGAGUGUGAAAGAUGCCAUUGAUGAUGGAAGCAGCUCCCGCUACGGUGGCUGGGUUGAGAAGGAAGAGCGUCGUUUGCAGCGCCAACGUCGCGAGGAGCUCGACCGUAAGGCCGGAAAGACUCACUUCGUUGAGGAGAGGGUCGAAAAUCCCGAUGCCGGUACUCACGUUACUCUUCACAAGGACGCCGCCUGGAAGGACUCGUGGCGGGAUUUCAAGGAUUCCAACCCCAUGAUGCAGAGACUCUUCACCAUGAAGGAAACAUACAACGAAUCCGAGAAUCCCCUUAUCAGCACCGCCCGCAGUAUUUCCGAUAAGAUCGGAGGCUUCUUCGCCGAGAACGAGACCGCCAUGGUCAUCAAGAAGUUCCGUGAGAUCGACCCCAACUUCCAGAUGGAGCCUUUCCUGCGGGAAAUGCGCGACUACAUGCUGCCCGAAGUUCUUGACGCCUAUGUCAAGGGAGACGUCGAGACCCUGAAGCUCUGGCUCUCAGAUGCUCAGUACCACGUCUACGCCGCCCUCGCUCAACAAUACACCACCGCCGGUCUCAAGUCCGAUGGCCGCAUCUUGGAUAUUCGUGGCGUUGACGUUUCCCACGCUCGCAUCUUGGACCCUGGUGAUAUUCCUGUGUUCGUCGUGACCUGCCGGACCCAGGAGAUCCACGUCUACCGCAAGGCCAAGACUGGCGAGCUUGCUGCUGGCACCGAUGACAAGGUCCAGCUGGUCACUUACGCCAUUGGAUUGACUCGCAUCCCCGAAGAGGUCAACAACCCCGAAACCCGUGGAUGGAGAUUGAUCGAGUUGCAGAAGGCUGCUCGUGAUUACAUCUAA